AUGCAGUUCUUGUCGAACUUCUUUCUCCUAUCGUUACUGUCAUUCCAACAUGCCUUUGCUGGGUGGGAAAAGUCCACUUCCAAACCCAUGCUCCCCAUCAACGACCCCUUUUAUGUGCCUCCAAACGAGACAGAAUGGGGGUCUGACUGGAAAUCGGAAGAAGUUGGAACGAUUCUCAGAAAGCGCGAGGUUAUUAUCGGCACCAUCCUCCCAGGCUCCGAGAGUGAAGCCAAAGCAUACCAACUCCUUUAUAGAACGCAGGAUCUCAAUGGCAAAGCAGACGCCACAGUCACCACGAUCAUUAUCCCACUAGAACCCAACCUGAACCGAGUAAUUUCUAUUCAAAAUGCAUACGACUCUCCCGACCCAAACUGCGCCCCUUCAUACGGACUUCAAAGUGGAGCACAGGGGUGGGGAAGAUCUUGGAAUCAGGUCAAUCUCGCCUUCUUCUUGCCUUACCUCCGGAAGGGUGCAGUUUUGAAUAUCCCCGACUACGAGGGCAGUAAUGCUGCCUUUGCUGUGGGCCCCCAAAGUGCGUACCAGACUCUAGACUCCAUCAAAGCGGCCCUAGCAUCAUCAGAUUAUACCGGCAUCACAGACAACGCCAAUGUCAUUAUGUUCGGUUAUUCUGGUGGUGCAUUAGCGACCGAGUGGGCUACAGAAUUCAAGACUGAAUACGCUGAUGAUCUACCCAUCGUUGGGGCAGUUAUCGGUGGACCACCUGUAAACAUUGGCCAAACCUACCACAGCGUCAACGGCGAAAAGCUCUCUCAGCUAAAUGUCUGGGCCAUGCUCGGACUCAUGAACGCCUUUCCCGAAAUGGAUGAAUAUAUGCGAAAUGACUUGAAGACGGAAGGAUAUCAAGACAAGAAGUUCCUCCACGCCUUGACAAGGUGUUCUUACCCUGGGGAUACCCUUGUGCCGGAUUUGGAGUUUACCAAUAUUUCUUCCCUUUUCCACGGCGGCGAUGCGUUCUUGGAUAUCUUCGAGCAAAAGAUCACAGAGGUAGGCGUGAUGGGACUACAUAUCACUCCAGAAAGUGACCCUGGAUAUCCCUUAGUGUUUUUCUACGGAAGAAAAGACGAGGUUAUCGGACCGAUUUCUGGGGUUGAAGAGCUCAUCACAAAAUGGAAGCAAGAGACAAAUGUGGAUGUGCAAGAUUGGUCAAAAUUAAUGCCAUUCCAGGACCAUGCUACUGCGUUGCUAACCGGUUUGCCUAUGUCAUGGACCUGGAUGACCAACCGAUUUUGUGCUGUCGAGAAAUGCAAAGAUGAUGUCGACGACGUUGAUUUUGGACCGAAUAUGGAUGGACAGGUAGUUUUUAGGCCGAGCGAUGAGCUACGCUAA